AUGCCCUCAACGGGCGGUGUUGUCGAUUCAGCAAUUGUAUCGAUGAAACCAAUUGAUGUAAUUCCAACAUCAAGACAACCUUCAGCAGGAAUUACAACAACCACAACUACUUUAAUUGAUGAUGGAGAAAUCUUUAAAGCAUUACAUGAUUGUAUGAAAGACGUAGGAAAAUUUAGACAAUAUAUUUAUUACAUCGGUACAUCAUGCGAUACAACUAAACUACGAAAUAAAAUUCAAAAACUUAAAGAACGUAUUAAUCGUAAUCUUUAUCAUCAACGAGAACUUGUACGAAAAGCAGCAGCAGCAGCAACAACUUCUAUAAAAAGAGAAUUAGCAAUGAAUCGUUUUGAAAAAUGUUUAUGUUUUACAUUGGCUUCUAUAAAUUAUUAUGAAAAUUUACUUCAUAAAUUCUCAAUUCUACUUGUAUAUUUUCCAAUAGCUACUGGAGAUCGUACGAAUGUUGUUAAUUUGGGUUUUGAAGAUUCAACAAUAAAUGCUGAUGAAGUUUCAUAUGAAAAUCAUGAAGCUGAAGAAAAUGAAACAAAUCGAUAUAUUGAAUUAUUAAAUCAAAUUCAAGUUCUUCAAUUACUUCGAGAUGAAAUUGAAAAAAUUGAUGUUUAUCAAUUACGUUCUCAAGCUACUUCAUAUUCAAAAGAAUUCGUUGAAAAUAUGCAUAAAUAUACAAAUGAAAUAACAAUUGAAAAUACUUCUCGAAGAUAUCAAGAAAAUCGUUAUUCACUCCGUGAUUAUUUGGGUGAAGAAUCUUCAACAUCAGCUGGAAGAUGUUAUCAACAAUGCAAUAGACGUAAAUUUCUUUGUACAUUAACUAUUGUAUUAUUAAUUUUGGUUAUUGUGGCCGUUAUUGUCACUGUUAUUGUGACGACUAACAAAGCAUCUACUGGUGGUCAAUAA